GGGGCGGCGCCCGGCUUGUGGACGGCUGUUGCUGAGCAACUGGCUGAGGGCGUGGGGGGGGGGGGGCGAAACCGGGCGCAGCCCCAGGGUGCCCCGUGGUGACCGCCCUCCGCUGAGAGAGGGGGGAGCCCCAUUGCCCCGCCCCCGGGGCAGAGGGGGUGGGAAACUGACCCUGGGCCCCCCCCGCAAGCGGCUCCCUGAGGCCACCUGUGACCCAUCCCCCGCCUUCCACGGGCCAGCGGGACUCGUCGCUUGUCAGAAGCCAGGCGCCGGGGCAGCGGCUGCGAGCUCGCCCGGGCCAGGGCACGCCGAGGGCCGCGGCGCGUUUGGGAUGCGCCGGGGCCGAGCGCCAGGACGGCUCUUGGCGGGGCUCGGCUCGGCUCGGCUCUGCCCCGCCCCGGCUACGGCCCCUUGGAACCAGAACCCUCGGGCCCUUUUGAACGGAAACCGACCCUCGGCCGGCCCGCCACGGCCCUCGAGGCUCGCCCUGGGGACCCUCUAAUUCCGCCAGAAGCGGCGAGAUGUGAGAUUUGGACCCAGCAGAGAGUGAACUGAAAAUGCUGGACAAGUGGAUCCUCCUCCUGCCAUUAUUAACGACCCAGCUUCGGAGCAAAACCCAGGAUCCGUACAAGCAGGAAUGCAGUACCAGGGGAAUUCAGUGUCAUCCAAAGGCAAUUUGUCAGCUGGAUGAAGUGACAACCUAUUUCUAUUGUCAAUGUCUGCCAGGAUAUGAGGGUGAUGGCACUAAUUACUGUCAAGAGCCUGCUGACAGCAUAACUGUUUUCAAUAAAUCUGCUUGUGACGGCUUUGGAGAGCAGGUUUGUCUUAUCAAAGUAGUGACUAGAAGAAAAGUCACUUUCAAAGUCUCUCUUGCUGGGAACCACCAGCCAUCUAUGAUAAAAUGGUACAAAUUCUACUCUGCCCAAGGACCCCAGUUCCACAGUUAUCGAAGGAGAUUGACACCAGCUGCUAACCUGUCCCCAAAGAUGGCUCUGGCCAACAGCAGUCUGUCUCUGAAGCUGUUUUCCAUUGAUGAGGAUGACUUUUACCCAAAUAUGUUCUGGGCUGAAAUUCAAGCAAAAGCCUUGCCUGAUAAACAGGAAAACAUUGAAGCCUAUGAUUUCACGGACUUUCAGAUGUUAAACCCUUCCCACUUGAGAUACUUUUUCGUCCUAGAAAGAAUGCCAAUAGGGCUUGGACAGUUUUUAGAAGGAGACACUGUUACCAUACAGCUGCCUCAGGAUCUUCAGGUGUCUCCCUCCAGCUUUGUAAAGUGGACCAAGGAACCUUCGCUCAUGACACUGUUUGAUACCAAUGCUGUUGUGCUGGCCAACGGGACUGAGGGGAUUGAGAUCAAAGGAGUAAAGAAUAGUGAAUUUGGUUACAUCCGAGCUCUUGUCUAUGAUUUCACCCCUGAUGUUCCUGGAAGGGUUAUGGUAGCCCAGAGGCUCUUCUUCAUAAAGAAGGAUAUUAGCAAAAUGUGCAAUGGAACUCGGAAUGAAAAGAAUUGCCACUGUAACCCGGGAUUUGAGGGAAAUGGCGUACACUGUAUUGAUAUAGAUGAGUGUGUGGAAGGAAUGCCCAUGAAGUGCCUGCCCGAGGCUGAAUGCAUCAAUAGAUAUGGAUCAUACUUUUGUCGUUGCCCACACGGAUUUGAAGGUGAUGGAUUGUACAGCUGUGUAGAUAUAGAUGAGUGUGCAAGAGGUAUCCAUAACUGUAAUCAGGAUGCUAUUUGUCUGAAUGCUCUUGGCUCCUAUUUCUGUGUGUGUCAGAGAGGGUUCAUUGGCAAUGGCAUUCACUGUAAAGCAAAAAGCAUAUGGUCCCCAUGGUCUCCGUGGUCGGUCUGUACGGUCACAUGUGGAUACCAGAACCAGAUGCGGAUCCGCUUGUGCACCCAUCCAGAGAGUGGGAUGCGUUGUGAGGGACCUUCUGCUGAUCUCAAGCUUUGUCCCAAUCUAGAACCAUGCCCAAUGAAUGGCCAGUGGUCAGAAUGGUCACCCUGGUCAGUGUGUUCUCACACCUGUUUGGGAAUCAAGAAAAGAGUUCGGAUUUGCAAUAGUCCUGCUCCUUCCAGAGGAGGUUUGCCCUGUGCUGGGUUAAAGGAGGAAGUCACUGUGUGCAGCAACAACAAAUGCCCAGUUGAUGGGAUGUGGUCUCUGUGGGCAUCCUGGACUCCCUGCCCCAUCUCUUGCGGCCUUGGCGUGGUGAGCCGAUCUCGACGAUGCAAUAAUCCUGCCCCAGAGCACGGGGGAAAGAAUUGCACUGGACAUGGAUAUGAGGAAGGUUCUUGUGGAUUUCCAGAGGACUUUUGCAAAUACCUGAAGCGACCAUCUGAAUCCAUUAUACCAGGGAAACUGAUUCAGUAAUCAGUCUAAGGAAGUUAGUGUGCUGAAAAACUAUUGAAAUUCAGUGGCCUCUAACUCACUUACAUGCCUUUGAAAAGUCCAGCUGUACUGAAAAGUUCCAGAAGAAACCUGCCUCAAUAGAAAACUUAUAGUCAUAGUACUUACUGGAAAACGCACAGUAUUGGAGUUGGAACCAGUGUAGUGUACUGAAUGCUAAGACCUAUGGUGUUCAUGACUUUAAUAGAGAAGAAUAAAAGCUGGGCACAAAAUGAAGACUUGCAUAAUUACCUUUUUUUGCUGUGAGGCAGAGGAAAACUUGUACUAUGCCAUUGAAUAAGAAACUAAACCCCAGUAAGCAAAAACGGUGUAGCCAAGGAUGGGGGAAGGAUGCCAGGGUCCAAGACAGACAGAGAAACCAGAAGCAUCCUUUUGAGAAGUGGGACAUAAAGCACUGUACUAUCUGCAGAAUUUACAGAUAUGAUAAAACACCCCUGUCGCUAACACU